CAGUACACUGUAGCUCGCGCUAAGCACGCGUGUCGUUAGUUAUUUGUUUAUCCGCAGUGCGCGUUAAAGUUUUGAGUGGCGAAGCGCUUAAUUCCUGGGUUGGACGAAAGAAAGUGUUCCCCAAAACAGGCGGCCAGUUCUUUUUGUCGGUUGUCUCGUCGCCCUGCGAUUGCCGGCAAGUAUCUCCACAUGGCUGAGCGAUCAUGUCUGACGUCAGUGACAGCAGUGAUCGAAGUGACGUCGAUGACGCCAGUGACGUUAGUGACGGCAGUGACAGCAGCGAUGACGAACCAAAGCAGCCGAGCUCGGAUCCACAGAUCGGUGCUGGCUGUGCGCCAGCUGACAUACCAUUUGAAACUAUUCUCACCGACGUCAGCUGCCAUCCAACACGGGAUGCUGUGGCCAUUGGCACGGUAGAUGGGGACGCGUUUGUCCAUUCGUAUUCCUUGGACGGUCCUAGUCGCGAACUACUGCACCUGACGCACCAUCGCUCGUCCUGCCGCAAACUCCGGUUCUCGGCCGAUGGUUCAAUACUCUUUACGGGCUCCAAGGAUCAGUCCCUGUGCAUGGUGGAUCUGAAUUCGGGUGCACUGGCUCAGCGCCUCUCAGAGGCCCACAGUGCAUCCAUCUAUAGCCUGUGUGUUGUGGACGAGCACCUACUAGCAUCCGGUGAUGAUGAUGGUUGCGUCAAGGUGUGGGACCGCCGGACCAAUGCCGCCGUCAUGGAAUGCCGAGAAAGUGAUGACUUCAUCAGUGACUUGGCCACAGGUGACAACCACAGGGUACUGCUGGCCACCAGUGGUGAUGGAACACUGACAGCCUUCAAUCUGAGGCAGCGAGCUCUCCAGUUGCAGUCAGAACCUCUCGAAGAUGAGUUUCUGUCACUCGCUUUGCUCAAGCAUGGUCGUAAGGUGCUGGUUGGUGCUGGUGAUGGCAGUGUGAACUUGUUCAGCUGGGGCCGCUGGGACAACAUGGAUGACCGGCUCCCACUGGGCCGCUCACAAGCUGUUGACAGUCUGGCUGCCAUCACCGAAGACCUCUACUGCUUGGGUACUGCUGAUGGUCGUGUUCGGGUUGCAAGCGUGCUGCCUAACAAAUGCCUGGGUGUGCUGGGUUCGCACGGCCACUUCCCAGUUGAGAGUCUGUCGGUGUCUCGUGACAGUCACCUUGUGGCCAGCUGCUCGCACGACCAGCGUGUCAAGUUCUGGGAUGUGUCGUCUGUGGAAAACCUUCGACCACCGAGCGAAGACUUUUUCGCUGGCCUGGAGGCUGGGCCCGACUGAAAACUGAACGAAGUGUGUUGUCUCGGUGGUGUUGAGCUGUUGUAGGUGUGACUGCUAAGCCACAUUUUGUUGACCGGACUUGCAAGUCUGCCCUUGCUUUUAUUGUUAUUAAAUGUAGUAAAAGACUCCUUUAUUAUUGGCUACAGUGCACUGCCUCCCACUGACACUACUGUGAGUUACGUAACAAACUAUAUGUGCCUGUCAUCACCAUGGUGCUGCUAUGCAAGUUCUUCGCCAUUUAUUCAACGUCUUGGUCUGAGGGCUUGACAUUUAGGAACACACAUUAUUAUUGAGGAAUUCGCAUGUCUCCCGUUUGCGAAUGUCUGCAAUGAGAUGGUGCACAGCACACUGUUUAGGAGUUGAGCAGCAUUAGUGCUUCCGGUCAUCUGACUAGCUGCUUUUUUUAUCAGCACAGCAGCAACAUAUUGUAUUCCGUAGCGCAUCAUGUUAAUACCAUGCAACAGCAUUUUCAUUGUGCAACACAUUGUGCUCCAUUUUGAGCAAGCUGGCACCUGUUUUUGGUAAGUAAACUUUUCAUAUAAGGGGAGACUGGCCUUUUAAGAAAAUUUUAAAAGUUUGUAUCAUAUACAAAUGAAAUUUUGAGGGAUGGUAUAUUUUAGUGUGCUAAAAGCAGACUGUAUCAAUUCAUUUUUUUCUUGUCUAACAUUUCCACAGUUCAAAUGGAUGCUAUGUGUCACCGUCAUAGUAUGUAUGCAUAC